AUGUACCGACGACAUCGUCAGCAGACACAUUCGAGAUCCCCGUAUCGCAUUUCGUAUGUUCAAAGAGGAUUGCACCCAAUUAACCAACAAAAUAUCGGACAGAGACGAUUUAGCAGUUCUCGUUUCGCAAAUCGACCCGGUUCAAAUCGAGUUUCGGGAGACUAUUCCAAUUGGGGGUUCGGUAAUCGUCGACCGGCAAUCGGAUUUUCCCAAUACGCUUCCGGGUCGAUGGAUUCCAUCGAUGAUUUGACCCGGAGUCCGAUGUGGACUCCAGAUGAAUUGGAUAAACCGAACGGUCAACUGCGACCCAUGAUGUAUCACCAUCUCAUGCACAAUCCGUACGCAAUGCCCAAACCCGGUCCGGAGUUCGACGGACUGACAUUCGUACCUGGAAAGGAUAAUGAAGGUGCUUUCCGAAUGGACUUCGACAAAUCCUUACCAAGUCGACACUCUAUGUUUGACAUCACGCAAACCGGACCGUCUUUUGUUUCUCCCGCGCCUUACCCCGACGCGUAUCCGGAACAACUGACGCAACCGUCACCCAUUACAUCCCCAGAAACCAAAAGCCCUCAUCCAAAUCGGCGAGUAAAAAGCGUCUACGUGAACUCCAAUCGACGGUUUCCACAAACCACUGUUCUUACUCAGGCCAUAAAACAGCCAAACGACCCGGCCCAAAUAGAGGAGGAUUCCGCUGAGCCAACUAAUACAUUUGCUCCCGAAGCACCGGAACCUCUUCGUAUGGACUAUUUGACACAUGUUUCACGUGCGGACAUACGGCGGCGGAUACAUGGAUCAGAACGACAACGACCCUAUUCUCAGGAUCGAAUUGGUCCAGAGCAGACAAAUCAGAACGUUCGUAGACGCCAGGGAGUAUCAGAGAUUCAACAGUUGCGUGAAUCACGAGUUAAAAAAAUCAUCUCACUUCAAGACAUGGAGAAUAUAGAUCUCUUUUCAGAAUCUGAAUACCCGGUUGAUGACAACGCACAAUCAUCCAUGAGAUAUCGUCAAAAUUCAGCAGAUCGAUCAAAUCACGACCCGAGAAAUCCGUCACCAGAACCAGAGUCGAGAAACAAGAGCAGAUUUCCACGCUCAGGUACACCAGUAGAAUCUGCCGAUUCCGACUCACAAGAUCAACCUUUGAACAGUCCAAGCUUGCGAGCCAGUAAGCCAAUCACAGGGGGACGUCUCAGUUCUGUAUUCGAUCCUUUGGUAGAAUACUCUGAAGAGGACAUCGAAUCUGCUCGCACAAAUACACCAACGAGUGGACUCCCCCAAAACGAAGGACCGGAAUCUAUUCCGGAAGCCGCACCGAUUCGUCUAAAAUCUUCACCAACGAACAACGAUGGGAUGGUUUCAAAUCGUUCGCUUUCGCAUUCCUCCUCCCGUCCGGAACGAUUACCCGAAUCUGGACAAAACAAUGAAAAGUCUGUUGACGAUCCGUCUAAUGAAAAGCAAACCAAGAGAGUGCCGUUACGCAUCAUUCGUCCGGGGCAAUCCUCAAACAGUGAAGCUAGAAGCGCAUCCACCUGUGAGACAGAAACAAAACUAGCCCUCCCUGUGAAGGGACGAAGUGCUUCCAUGGACCCGUUAUGCGAAUCAAGCCCAAACGAUCCGAGAGCUCAGUUUCUCUCCCAGGCAAACAAAGUGUCCAUGAUGCCAAAACUUGUGCCUAUUGAAGUGAAAAGUCCAUUCGGGUCCCUGGAAGAACGCAUAUCUGCUCGGAAGAACGCACAGGAGACUAUCUGUGUUAAUAAACCAGUGCGGCUUAUCUGCUUAGGCCCAUUGGAUGGAUUCAAAGUGGAGUUUCACUAUAACUCUCAACAGUUUGGCGAUACUUGUGAGGCCUCACAGAUAACAACACCUCCCAAUUGGCUUGGUGUCUGCUAUGGAGACUGCAACGUGUCCGUGUACGAUUUGAAGGAACACAUGCGUUACUCGCAAAGUCCGGUGAUUGCCCUGUUACCAUUUGUCUCACAAGGUGCUUCAAGCAGGUGGUCUGCAUUCCCCAGUGUGGAUUUCGACACGUCCAACAAACAGUCAUUUGGACUGCUCUGUGUGGUACAAGAAGACGGAAAUGUGACGCUUUACAAUGUGGCCAACCAUCGAGUUUCUGGUCGAUAUGCUAUUAAACAAAACAUCAAAUACGCCACUCUGCUUCCGCAACCACGAGUCAUACAGAAUUGUCUCUCACAACUCGUGAUUGCUGUCACUUCACUGGGAAACCUGAUUUGUUUACAGUGGAAUUUGACACGUUAUUUGCGAGAAAAAGACAAUGAACGUCAUCCUCAGUGGGAAGCAGAGAAGCAUGAAUUCGGGCUCAACAUAUUCAGUCGACUUAGUGACAGCGAUUGCACAAUCCCAUACGUGUGUUGCGUGGCACCGCAACCACAGUCAAGUUCCAACCCGAGCACCGGGUCUUGUUCUCCUCGCAGUCCUUCGACACCCAAAAGGGAGUUACCCAUUGGUCACUUCAGCUUCAUCGCUGCUGCGCUGGUGAAUUCAGAAUGCAAGCAUGGAGUAACUGUACGAUUGUGCCGUUGGGUCCCGAGGAUGUCACAGCUCAAACUUGCUCUCUGCGUCGAUAAAACCUUGCAUUGCGAACCGGACAGUCAACUUAUAGGAAUAACCUAUGCCGAAACUGGUGGUGCACCAAGCAUUUGUCUGUGCCUAACAUCAGACGUAUUUUGGUUUAGCAAUAAAUCCGCUGAUAUGGUUUCUUCCAUGAAACUUCCUGUGUGUACCCAACCGGCUACGUUGUUGCCGUCUAUAUGGCCGUACAAAUUUCUCGGAUCUUCGUCCCAAGGCAAACCAAAUGAACGUCUUUGGGCGGCAACGGGAAGUAGACACCUUCUCGAAUUGUCCGCUUUUGAUAGCCAACGACGUCGUGAUCUUGGCGGCCGGGGCUGUCUGGCUCUUCUCUAUGUAUACCCAUCUGAUUCAACAAUCACUGCUCUAGCAUCCACUUUUCACGACGAUGAAGUUGUAAUAGCCGGUACUGAUCAAGGGCAAAUUAAUUUUAUUCCAGUGCCAAAUGAUUGCUACGCGUGUCAGAUUCCCAAUUGUUUACUUGGCUUUUGUUCAAAAGAAGAUUUAGUUUUUCAUAUAGUACGCGAUCACUACUACUCCGAUGGCUCUACCACAGUUGGCGAAACCUCUGUUUGUAUGUGGCCAAACUGUGAUUACGUCAUCAAAGAAUCGUUUGAAAGGAUGAACUACGCUGUGAGUUUGUAA